AUGGCUCCAAGGUUUGAUAAAGCAACAUCAAUGGGAGAUGGGGAGCUAACUGAGUAUGCUACUAAGAUCUUGCAAACAAGAUCAGAUGAGUCUGGGUUCUGCUAUGCUACACCAUGUGGGGGUGAUGAGUUUGAGGUGAGGGAUCAACAUGUGCACUUUCCCAUUAAACUUGGGGCUGGAACUUGUGGUUGUGGAAAGUGGCAACUUUCAGGGAUCCCCUGUAAGCAUGUGCUUAGGGUGAUUUACCACCAAAGGCUGCAGGCUGUAGAUUUUGUGUCACCUUAUUUCAAAGGGAGGGCAUACAAAAGCACUUAUGCUGAGCAUAUGCACCCAAUGCCUGACCAAACCCAGUGGCCUUCUUUCAACCUGCCUGACAUACUACCACCCCCAGUGAAACGAUCUGCAGGCAGACCUAAGAAGCAGAGAAGAAGAGGUGCAAGUGAAGCAAGAAAAGGGAGGAGGCAUAGCAUAGUUAAGUGCAGCCUAUGCAAGGAGUUGGGGCACAACAUGUUGACAUGUGUUGCAAAGAAAAAGAUUGCAGCAGCUGAAGCAACAACUGCAGCAACCAACAAUAAUGCAAAAGCUGAAGCAAGCACUUCAAGGUCCAAGAAGAGAGCAAAGAAAGCUGCUUGA